GGACAUGUUGACCUGCUCCGUAGUGCGGAGAGAUUAAAGCAUUGGAUGUACAUAAAGAGGAGCAGCGGUGAGGUGAUGAGUGGGGAGAUUCUGCAGUGCUAACAUGACCUUGAGCUGUAGACUGCUCCAGUCUCCUGUUUAGCAGAGGCACUGUCCUGUGACUGAACCCGAGGCGUGAGCUUCCAAUUCAGCGUGUGUUUUCUUCUCUGUGUUAUUAACUCACAAUAGCUGUAAACACAGUUUUUUAGUAUUGUUGUUCUUAAGGACAGAACCGUUUGAGUUGACUUUUUACUUUGCUGCGCUGCCAUUUGAAACGUUGCUGCUUUGCACAGUGCACGAGUUAGUAAAAUCAAACCUGUGUAAACGAACAGAUAGCUGACAAUCUUUAGGACGCGCCUCCCUGCAUUUACACUGCAUUACACAGCCCCGCAGCCAAAACCCAAAACAAAGGUUUCAAAGGCUUUAGACCUUGUGUAGCUGACUUGUUGGCUGCAAACACGCAGGGUUCCCCAGUGAGUCCCCAGGGCUCAGCAGAUACCAUUCUGCGCGCUCCAGCCAUAAAUCCUCUUUGCAUGGCUGGUGAUCAAGCCAUGAUGUAAAGGAGCUUAGCAGCAAUGGGCAGGCGGGCAGGCAGGCAGGAAGCCGCUUCCCCGUCGGCCUCGGGUCAGGUGAUCACACACGGCGCUGACAGCAGAGAGAGACAGCGAGGUAGAAAAACAAACGGAGAGAGGUGUGUGAAUGGCGACCGGGAGGAGGUCGUGCGGAGAUGAGUCAGAAGUGUUUCAAAUGAUGGAUAUGAAAUAAGCUGUUGCUCCGGGGGCCAAGGCGGGUGUUGCCGUUGGAAGCGAGCAGCGCAUUCAUGGAUGUUUGCUGACAGCGACAAGGUUGUGUAUCUUCUUUGAAUGUUGGGAAGUUGAGGUCACUUUCCCCCCCCCUCCUCCCCCCUCCCGCCCCUCUGCCCGUCACAACCCGGCCAGUUGCCAUGGAGAACUCUUCGGUGGCGUCCGCGUCGUCCGAGGCUGGGAGCACGCGCUCGCAGGAGAUAGAGGAGCUGGAGCGCUUCAUCGACAGCUACGUCCUGGAGUACCAGGUGCAGGGGCUUCUGGGAGACAAGGCAGACGGAGACUUGGACUUGGACAAUGGUGGCAAGGUGCCACAGUGGACUGAUGACUGCAACAACAAGAAGGAUGGUAGCUGGACGUCAUCACAAGGAAGAGGCUCAUCUAAACCUGAUGAGUGGGAACACAGUAGUAAUGGCAGCACAGGUUCCCGGCCCAGUUCAGGCUCCAGACCCGGAUCUGGCUCCCGCUCCGGCAGCAGAGGCCGGAACAACCAGUUCAAAGGUCCCUCCAAGAACGGGAACAGAGACGGCUCCUUUGACAUCCUAGGGACGGACAUAUGGGCCGCGAACACGAUGGAUUCUCGUGGAGGUGCAGGUUGGGACGUGCAGCCAGAGAAGCUGGACUUCAGCCAUUUCCACAGGAAACAUUUUAGAGGAACGCCGAAGCACCUGCCCCACAUUGACAGAGAGGGGAUGAACAAGAACAUGUUCGAGGAAGAUGACCGCAUAGACAUGAAUGACAUAGAGAGGUUUCUACCCCAUCUGCGCUCUGUCUUCCCACCCCUUCCUAAUGAGGCUGAGAUCGCGCACACCAAAAAGCUCUUCCGACGCAGGAGGAAUGACCGACGAUUGUUUGAUCAGUUCAUCCGAGACCAGUUAACCGUACUCCUGCCCACUGGCCCGGGGGGGAAGCGACAAGUCUCAGCCAGGAAACAGCAGCGGCCUCAGGGAGGAGGAGGUGGAGGUGGAGGAGGUGGAGGUGGAGGAGGGAAGAACCAGCCCCAGCAGAUACAAUCACCACAGCAGCAGAGGGAUCAAACCCAAUCUCCAAACCAGCAGCAGCCCAACUUCACAGACGUGGGAGACAACAGGAACCACAGCGCCGGUCGGCCACCUCGCCAGUACCAAGGAGGACAUGGGCAGCGCCAAGGAGGGCCCGCGCACCACGGAUACAGCCAGAACCGGCGUUGGCACCACAAUCAGAAAGGUCAGGGGCACGGACAGACGAACGCCGCAGGAGAUAAAGGAGUACCUCCGAGAUCAACCAAAGAGACUGAGAAUGUGAGGCUGGGCGACGAGCACAUCAGGCCACCUCAAGACUGCGGCAGUAGGAGCCCCAAUGAAUCCCCCAAAUCUGACUCGACGCCCAAUUCAAACGACCUGACGGUUCAUAAGGAGUCUCCCAACCCGCCGCGAAGCGCGAGGACGCGCGAGGGCCAGUCGGAGCAACCCAAAGUCAGCCUCCUGCAGUCGUCGAAGGAGAGGCUGAGGAGGAGACUAAAGGACAAGGAAGAGUCGCGCGUGGAGAAGUCCGGCCCCGGGUCUCAGAGGAUGGACCGGCUGGUGGACCUCCUCAACAACAUGAGGAGCAACAGCAGCGGCGUGGAGCAGCAGCUGGCCUCCUUCAUGGAGGAGGCGCAGUGCUCGGCGCAGUCCGAGGAGACCCUGGCCCAGGUGGUCAGCACCAUCUACUCCAAGGCGGUGUCGGACAGGAGCUUCGCCGCCACGGCCGCCAAGCUCUGCGACAAGAUGGCGCUGUUCAUGGUGGAGGGGACCAAGUUCAGGUCGCUGCUGCUCAACAUGCUGCAGAGGGAUUUCUCGCGGCGUGACGAGCUCCAGCAGGCGGAUGUGGAGCGCUGGCUGGGCUUCAUCACCUUCUUGUGCGAGGUGUUUGGCACCAUGAGGAGCAGCUCCGGCGAACCCUUCAGGGUGCUGGUGUGUCCCAUCUACACCUGCCUACGAGAGCUGCUGGAGUCGACAGAUGUCAAGGAAGACGCCGUUCUGUGCUGCUCCAUGGAGUUGCAGAGCACGGGGCGUCUCCUGGAGGAGCAGGUCCCCGAGAUGAUGACGGAGCUUCUGGCGGCCGUGAGGGACAAGAUGCUCUGUCCGACCGAAUCCCCCCUGACCCGCUCCCUGCUCAUGGAGGUCAUCGAGCUCCACGCACACCGCUGGAGCCCCCUGGAGGCUCUCACCACCCAGUACUACAACCGCACCAUCCAAAAGCUCACCACCACUGCCUAGGAGCAAGGCUCCGCGCGAGGAGAGGAGACGAGACGAGCCCCCCCCCAUCGACGGCCCCCGACGCGGCGAAAAUAAAGUAAACGAAUAGAUGCUUGUAACUCGAAAUUCCGUAAUUACUCCAAGACGCGUGACCACUGCCCGCGAACGGAACCCCACACGAGAGUUCUCCCCCGAGCCGAAAAAACGAAGGCAACACUACAUGUGGCGUAUUUGACACAAAUGGGAAAACACUAACAGAUGCGUGACCGGUGGGGGCGUGCUCGGCCACACAGAGUCUGGGAGCUCGUCUGGCUGAGAGAUGAAGGGGGGGGGGGGGGGAUAAAAAGAGAGGGGUCAUGGAGGAGAGGGGAGGAGAGGGCAGCAGCCUGUCCGUGGGGAAUAGAGAGAUCUGUACCCAGAGAUGAAUGGAGGAGGGAAGGGGUGGGGGGGGGUCAGGGUGGUCUCUGUCAGUCUCUUCAUUGUGUUCAUUUGCCACACCGCCCUCUCCCCUCUCCCCUCUCUCUCUCUCGGCCUCUGUCUCCCCCCCCCCUCCUCUGUCUCCCCGUCAGCCCCUGGGGUCUGCGUGGCUGAUAAAAGAGAGGAGGGGGGAGACGGCGCUGUCUGUCUGGGCCGUCUGCUGCCGCGCCGAGGCCGGGGACCGGGUCAAAGGGGCCUCGCCGUGGAGCUCCCCAGCUCCCACAGCUCCUCCUCGCCUUUGUUUCCCCCCCCCCCCCCCCCCCCCCCCCCCCCC